AUGUCUUCGAUUAAUCUUUCCGAUGACUUAUUAAACAAUUUUGAAGAUUCAAUCAAAUCUUUAGUGGCCUUUAUACUUCAAGACCCAUGUACCGGUUCCAGUUCAGCUGUGGCAUCUGGCUCAUCCGCGGAACAAAACGUUGCUGCGGUGGAACAACAUAUGCGUCGAAUUCAUGAAGCUGCUAAUGAAAUCGAAUGUAAUCUUUUUCAAUUGAAAGCAUUAGUCCAUCGAGCGCUACCGGAAGAACAAAUUCUUGAAAAUAUCAACGAUUUACGAACAGCAAUUGAACGAAAAGAUACAUUACUACGAGAUUUUAAUCAAUAUCUAAAUGACGCAAUUGCUGAUUUCAGUGUGGAAAAUACCGAAAGUCUCAAUGGUUUACUUGAUGAAUUGAGUCGAGGAACAACAACAGCAUCAUCUAUUCUCGGAAAUGUUGAUCUUAAUGACAAUUUAUCGCAAGGAACAACUACAACACAGUCUUCACUUCUUGGAACGGGUACAUUACCAAAUUCGACUACGUCAGAUGCUUCUCAAGAUUCACUACGAUCAUUUUUACAUUGA